AUGAACGCUGUGAUUUUUGUGCUGUGCGUACUAUUGGCCAAAUCCGGUGCGGUACCGGUGGCACAGAACGGCAACACUACCUUCGCCGCCGGUCUUGGGGCAGCUCUGACCAACAUUGCCAACAGUUUUGUGGUGAUUAGUGACGACACGGAACAGAAUGUUAACAGUCGGAUUGAGCUGGAAAGCCCGUCCGUACCACAUCUCGACUCGGCCAAUGCACUUCCGUCGCUCGUGCACAUUGCACUGACCCCGGACGAACAUCACAUUAAGGCGGAAACGGAAGAAUUGGUCUAUACCAAUGAUACAGAUGCGCAGGGCGUUGUAAAGAUCACUAUUGUUGGGGAGGACAUAUCGGAUGAGUACACCACCGAUACAACCACGACGGAGGUGUUUGAUGAGGAUGAUGAGUAUGCUGAUAGUACUCCAACGGAAGUAUUCACUACUGAAGCGUAUGAGGAAGAUGGUUUAACGACGACGGUGGAACCGAUCACAACUAGUUUACCCAAAGUGCUUUCCACUACACCUGGGGCGGUGCUCACUGUACUAGGCAGUGACCAAGUGGACAAGGAUAAGGAGGAAGAAAUCAAGGAAAAUAUUAAGGAGGUGGAAGCAAUGCCGGUUAUAUUCACCUCCGGCGUAUAGUGGACCCUU